UUCAACUUGUGGCCAAAAAACACAGAAUAUCAAAGAGAAGAAACCCUUCCCUUCACAUUGUAUAUACACUUGAAGAUUCACCACCAGUUGCUUUUCUUCAAUUAUUACAAUUUCUAUCCUAUCUUCUCCUUUUCAGAAUGAAAAUGUCAAAGGGAAGUGAGGUGCAGAAGGUGAUGGUGAUCCUAACAUGCAUAGAUGUAAAUUGGAGUGGACUGAAAUGGUUGCCGGAUGCCUUGUCUCUUAACCCUGGAGAUGAACUCAUAUUACUUGGACUUCUCCACCUCGUUGCUCCUCGUGCUUUGUCUUUGUGGGCAGCUGCCAAACUUUUGGGAUACAAGGAUAAAGAGGAUGCAAAUAAGGUACUUGAAUCAACAAGAAAAUUUAGAGAGGAAGAGGUGAGAAGAAGGAAAGAAGAUGUCAGCAAAAGCCCUGGCUUAAUGCAGCUGCAGAAACUGUGUGAAAUUGAACAGGUUAAGGUAAGUGUGGAGGUAGAAGCAGGUUCAUCUCGUAAAGUGGCGGCUGUCAGAGUGGCGAAAAGGUUGGGUGCCACUUGGAUUAUCCUUGGCAGGGAGAUGAAGAAAGACAAACAAUACUUCAUGGAUAGGCUCUCAUGUAGAAUAUCAAGUAUCAAAAGCAACAAUACUGUUAUAGAACUCAGAGGUCCAAUCAAUGAACAUGUAUCAUAUGAUGAAAUGAUUCCGUCUUAUUCAUGGGAAGACCUCUCUCCACCCAGUGCUCAAGGAGCAACCUCAUGGAAAGAAACAGCAUUUUCUUGUUCUAGUAGGCCUUUGCUGCAUAGUUCCCGAACAUUAGUAGAGACUAAAAGCACUAUGAGAACCAGACAGGCAAUACAGGUGGAGAUGUCUCCUUUGCAACAUGAAGUACGUAAGACGCUUGAGAGUCCACAUAGGGGUGGCGAGAACCAAAUGGAGAAGGAAUUUGAAAAUUCUAUUUGUUCUGUCUGCAAGAACAGGCGGCCUACAAUUGGUCUGCAGAGGGACUUUACUUAUGAAGAGCUUCGUGAGGCUACAAAUGGGUUCUCGAGAAAGAAUUUCCUAUCAGAAGGUGGGUUUGGCUCUGUUUUCAAAGGUAGGCUGAAAGAUGAGCUGGUAGUAGCUGUUAAGCAGCACAAACCAGCCAGCCUCCAGGGAGAGAAGGAAUUCAAGUCCGAAGUGCAUUUGCUUAGCCAAGCAAGACAUCAAAAUGUAGUAGUGCUAUUGGGCUCAUGUGCUGAAGGAAGCCACAGGUUACUUGUUUAUGAAUACGUCUGCAAUGGCUCAUUGCAGGAACGCUUGUCAGAUGACAGCCAGGAGCCUCUCAACUGGGAGCAGAGAAUCAAAAUAGCCUUGGGAGCUGCCAGAGGCUUGGCGUAUCUCCAUGCACGCAACAUCAUCCACAGAGAUAUGAGGCCAGACAAUAUUCUCAUCACGCAUGACCAUGAAUCAAUGCUGGGAGAUUUUGGCCUUGCCAAAGCGCAACAGGAUGAUACAUCUGAUACUGGUGUGGUUGGCACUCUUGGAUACCUGGCACCGGAAUAUGCAGAAAGCGGGAAAAUGUCUACAAAGACCGAUGUCUACUCAUAUGGAGUGGUUUUAUUGCAGCUUAUCACUGGACGAAGUACCACAGAUGAGAUACCUGGAGGGAAAAGUCUCGUUGGAUGGGCAGAACCACUUCUGGAGAAGAAAAACUACCCAGACCUUGUUGACAAAAGGAUUCCAGACUCCCACAAUCUCCACCAACUAUUUUGGAUGGUGUUGGUUGCUGAGAGAUGUCUGAAAAAGAAUCCUGAUAAUAGGUGGACAAUGGAACAGGUGGUGAAUGUUUUGAACUGCAUAAAUAAAGUCAACACAGAUAUCAUUAUCGACUUCUCACCAGCAGAAUCGGAUUCCAGUAGCAGUAUAAUGAACUCUUAGUCAAACACUUUGCAUUCUGCCAAUUGUGUAAACCGUGCCUGACGCUCAGAUAUGUGAAGAGCAACCGAUUUUUCCAGAUGAGAUAUAUAUUUAUUUCUCUUAGUUACUGUUCGUAGUGCGUAGUUUAUCAGCCAAAACAGUCACACAGUUCUGUCUGUAAUAUAGAACACUUGGAAGAUAUGUGUCCGAAAAAACUCAUAACAUAAACAGAUUUGCAUGUAGAUAAUGUUGAAGGAAGCUUUCGAAUCAUCUUUGGAAAUAGGUGUAUGAUAGAUCAUGCAAAGAAGUGCAUAUGAUGUGUUGGUCUUAUUACAAUUUUGGUCUAUAGAUAAUUGGCCUUUUGGUCCUUUAAGAAAUGUAACCUGCAUUUUCAGAGAAUACAGUUUGUUGGAAAAUUUUCAGAGAUCAAAUUGUGUGGAGGUUGGCUGAGCCUUAAGUGUUGCUCCUCUAUCCACACUUUUGAUGCUCCACCGCAUUAACUUAUAUGCUA